CGCAAGGAAGGACUUCUGUUUUUACAUUAGUUUUUGCAAAAACUCGUUUUGUUGUGAUUCUCUGUUUAAAUCAAAUCGAUACGAAACAAAAAUGGUUGCGACGGAGCGCUUGAACACACAAGAAAAGGUGGAGGAGCUGGAGAAAGUUCGUCAUGAGCCGUUGCAUCAGGUGGAUAUUCCGUUCGAAAAAGCCACCUUUGGAAUGGGUUGUUUCUGGGGAUGCGACUCGUUGUUUGGUGCCACCAGAGGCGUUCUCCGUACUCGGGUCGGUUAUGCCGGUGGCACUACCGAGUCACCCGUCUACAAGAAAAUGGGAGACCAUACAGAAGUAAUCGAGAUCGACUACGACCCAAAAAAGAUAAGCUAUAGUGAUUUGUUGGAACUGUUUUGGAACAAUCACGAGUAUGGUCUAACUACGCGAAUUAAGCGCCAGUACAUGUCGCUCAUUCUGUACCAUAGCGAAGAACAGCGCAAGAUCGCCGAAGACAGCCGCGCGGAGGAACAAAUCAAGCGCGCCCCGGAGCAAAUAAUUACUGAGAUCGCAGCAGCAGGUGCAUUCUACCCAGCCGAAAACUACCACCAAAAGUACCGUCUGCAAGGCCACUCUGACUUGGCCAAGGGUAUCGGACUGACAUCUGAUCUACUACAUUCGUCUCAUGUUGCCGCCCGGCUAAACGGUUACCUGAUUGGUGUCGGAGGGCUGGAGCAGUUUGAUGAGGAAGUCAGUCUGUUGGGACUCAGUAAAGAACAAGCACAGUACGUGCGAGAUUACGUCAUUGAUAACGAAGGAGGUGGCAUUUUUUGCUAAAGAUAAGAGGGAUGUAUCAGAUCCAGUUGAAGUACAAUAUGCAUUCUCAGCUACGGGUUGGUACUAGUGAGGUACGAAGUACAUAGGAGCCUAUUGGUAACGCUAACCCUAGUUGACAAAUUACUGAUAAUAUUUUCAUAAAAUGUUGUCAUAGCUAUACGUAAAACUAGAACACAAAUAGAUUAUUUGACUGCCCAAGGCAAUCAGGUUGCUAACGUGUCGUAGGUAAAGUUAAUUUUAUGUUUAACUAGUAACAACAAAAUACUAUUUACAGUGGCUGCAUAACCUAAACAUUGAAUAGUAGAAAUUGGUUUCUAAUGUUAAUUAUUCCAUGAAGUAAUAAAAUAUAUUUUUUUAAA